UCAGAGCUUCUAAGUAUUAGGAGUAGUAACUGAACAAUAUGGCCAAAUUUUCGUGUCUUGUGCUGUGUGUUGUGGCUGCGAGCCUGGGGAGUAUUCAUGUCGCAAAAGGCGAAUCUUUACGGGAGUCUCUGAGACCCGUUAUAGCGGCAUGCUCCAAAGAGCACGAAGUCACAGACGCUCAGAUCCAGGCUGCCAAUGACGCUGGUAGCCCUGCUAGCAUCAAGCCCUGUUUCAUCGCCUGUGUAUUGAAGAAAGCUGGAUUCAUCAGCGAACAAGGCGAAUAUGACCUUGACACUGGACUGAAGAACCUCAGGCAGUUUGUGAAAGAUGACGAACAGUACAAAAAGCUGGAAGAAGUUGCGAAACAAUGUGCAUCAGUGAGUAAAAAAGCAGUGAGUGAUGGAACAGCUGGAUGUGAAAGAAGUGCUCUCCUGGCUGGUUGCUUCUUGGACCAUAAGGCUAGUAUUAUCAUCUAAAUGAAUCAGUGACCCGUACCAACCUGCAACACUUAUUCUGAAGAUAUUCUAUUCUGGGACAAAAAAAAUACAAUUCAUCCAUUUUCUAAAACUAUCUACAUAUCUUGUAAUACAAAAAUAUGUGCAUUAUCUAACAC